AUGUUGUCUGGGUUGCCUGAACAGCGACACAGCAGCGUGUUAACCAGCAUCGUUAGCGAAAUCAGGGACAGGAAUCGCACACCUGAUGGCACUUGUGAGGAGCAGCCACCAUCUAAUGAGUGCCACGGGUCUGUGGGUUUUAAAAAUAUAGAAGUGAAUGCUUUCUCCCUUCCUCAUUUUAAGACUCCAAAUGAAAAACUGAUCCUUGAGCUACACAAUCAGAUUCGGAGAGCUGUCAUUCCCACAGCCAGCAACAUGCUGAAGAUGGAGUGGAGUGAGAAAGCUGCCAAAAGUGCUAAGAAAUGGGCAAGUCAGUGUGGGAUGAGGAUCAGUCCAAAGGACAAGAGAGUCAUUAAUGGUGUCACCUGUGGUGAGAAUGUGUUACUGUCAUCCUACCCAAGAACAUGGGCUGACACCAUUAAAGUGUGGUACAGUCAGUCCUCCAAUUUCAAGUAUGGAUAUGGACCAAUCUCAAAAAAUAUCAAUGUUCAGAGCUACACUCAGCUAAUCUGGUACAACAGUUACAAGGUGGGAUGUGCAGUUUCCUACUGUCCCACAGGCUCAUACAAUUAUUUUUACGUUUGCCAAUACUGCCCUGCAGGAAAUAACCCAAUGCAAAUAGCAAUGCCUUACAGAAGUGGACCAAAAUGUGCUGACUGUCCUGGCCACUGUGACAAAGGGCUUUGCACCAACCCUUGCAAGUAUCAAGACCUCCUUGAAAACUGCAAAAAUCUGAAAACGUUGUUUGGCUGUAGCCACUCGCUGGUGAAGAAGCAGUGUCCUGCAAGCUGUAAAUGCACCACUCAAAUCAUCUAA